UGCCGUUACUUAAGUUAAUUUCGAUCGCUCAAACGCAACGGUUAUACGCCAGGGAUUCGGUUAGGUCGGUGGUACAGUGAGAAAUACGAGCAGUUAAUAAACAAAGUGGAUGUGCAGCGGUGAACUCGGUCAGUACUCCGUUUUUACAGUACUCGGUUUUUGUUGUUGUGGCAGUACUCUCGUUGGUAUUACCUGAAUUUUUGGGCUCUUUGGCGGCUGCGCGGCCUCAAGUUCUGUGCGCAGUCGUAAUCGUAGAUGUCGGCACGGUUGCAUUUUCAAUAAACGCGUUUGCUAUUGGCACGCCGCGUGGGCGCCAUGUGCAUGUGCAUGUCUAUGCAGGUCCGCGUCCGUGUCGGUGCCUCGUGUGUGCAUUAGCUAAUGUAUUUGUAUUGCUAAUUAAACAACAACCACACAGAAGCAGUAGCAGCAUUAAGCAGCAGCAGCAGCAGUAGAAUCAGCAGCAAGAGCGACUGCAUCGCAAUAACAAAAUCAACUAGAAACGAUAACUCCGACAAAAGCGAAACAAAGUGCCAGAUAGAGGUGAUAACCGAAAACCAUUUUUCAUUCACAAAUUGGAUCAGCGCGACAUCCAGAACAGGUGUUGGCCAGCAGGUUUCCCAAUCAACUUAUUUUCAUAUGAUUCAGGGCACGAGGAGCGUUCGGCAUGACGUGAACUGCUUAGAUAUUCCAUGCAAGAACAAACCGAACCCUUUGGAACUAGCCGCCCCAUCGAUCGUCUCGAUUCGAUUCGAUUCGAUUGAAUAACGUCCGAGCGGGACGUGAUCAGUCAAGAGUAGAGCACCGUCCGCCCCCCGAAAGAACCAAACUUUGGCAUCAUGGACUCACGCAUCGGCUUGGACUACAUUGUAGAGAAUCGUGACUACAUUGCCAAGCUGGGCGCUGCCCUAGACACGCAAAAUGCAACGGUCAAGAAGCAAGUCUUCGAGCUGCUCUCCGCGCUGUGCGCCUACAGCGCCGAGGGUUAUGUGCGUGCCAUCGAAACCCUAGAAUUUUACAAGAAUCUCAAGAAGCAACGAUACCGCUUCAAGAUCGUCAUCAACGAGCUGGAGCUGGCGAGUGCCUCCUCAUCGCCACCGCUAGACUACCAGGCCGCCCUGCUGGCCUUCAUCAACUGUGUCAUCAUCUCCGCCGCCACCCUGCAGGAUCGCAUACGCAUCCGCAACGAAUUUAUAGGUCUCAAAGUGUUGCCGCUGCUCAAUAACCUAAGAAAGGUUGCACAGAGUGUGGGCGAUAUCAUCGUACAAUUGGACGUAUUCGUGGAGCAGCAGGAAUGCGACGAGGCCCAGAGCCUGCAGGCGCCCGACGGCAUCAAUCUGAGCUCGCACCUUGAUGUCUUCUACGCGAUACUGCGACAGGUGGCGGAUACACCUCAGGAGGGACCCUUUCUCAGUAUCCUGCAGCACUUGCUGCGCAUCGACUCCAAGGAGCAGCUGAGUGACAUCAUCUGGGACACCACGGAGCGACUGGUACACCGGGCCACGCUGCUCGAGAGCCAUGAGGAUGCAGUGCGCCUGCUGCGCACGCCCAGCAGCCAGAAGUUCUCCUGCCAAAAUUGUCGCGGCAGCGAUGCCAGCAGUCCCACACGGAAACCCUCACAGCCAGUGGUGGCCGCCAAACCACCCCCACCUCCGCCACCGCCGGCACCAGGAAAAGCCAAUGCCCUGGUCCCGCCGCCCCCUCCUCCACCCAUGCUGAAUGGCAGUGCUCUGCCUCCGCCGCCACCUCCGCCCUCGAUGCAGCUGUCUUCCCGGCCACGCACGCCAGACCCCCACGGUGCGGCGGGGCCAGGUGAGCCUCUGGCCGCAGCGGUGCUGCUGCCGCAGCAAGACACCCCCGCCCCCAAGGCCAAGAUGAAGACCAUCAACUGGGGCAAAAUUCCGCACAACAAGGUGGUGGGCAAACCGAACAUCUGGAGCAUCGUGGCCAGCAACCACCAGGACAGCCCCAUGAAGGACAUCGACUGGAAUGAGAUGGAGGGUCUCUUCUGCCUGCAGUCCACCAGUGCACAGGGCUCGCCCAAGCUGGGACGCGAGGGCAGCAAUCCUUCCUCGUCCUCCAACGGCUGCGACACCCUUGACCGCAAAUCCAAGAAGGAGUGCACUGAAAUCACCCUGCUGGACGGCAAAAGAAGUCUCAAUGUGAACAUCUUCCUCAAGCAGUUCCGCACCAGCAACGACGACAUCAUCCAGCUGAUCCGACAAGGCACCCACGAGGAGAUCGGAGCCGAGCGCCUGAGAGGUCUGCUCAAGAUCAUGCCCGAGGUGGACGAGUUGGACAUGCUGAAGGGCUUCAAUGGCGACAAGGCGCGUCUGGGCAAUGCGGAGAAGUUUCUUCUGCAGCUUCUGGAGGUGCCAAACUACAAAUUGCGGAUUGAGAGCAUGCUGCUCAAGGAGGAGUUCGCUGCAAACGUAGCCUACCUGGAGCCCUGCAUCAACGCCAUGCUCUAUGCUGGCGACGACCUGCUGAACAACAAGACGCUGCAGGAGGUCCUCUACAUGGUCGUGGUGGCAGGCAACUUUCUCAAUUCCGGUGGCUAUGCGGGGAAUGCCGCUGGCGUGAAGCUGUCCUCGCUGCAGAAGCUCACCGACAUCCGGGCAAACAAGCCAGGCAUGAAUCUCAUCCACUUUGUGGCCCUGCAGGCGGAGAAACGUAACCCGGAGCUGCUAAAGUUCACCGGACAGCUUAGCACACUGGAGAAUGCCAGCAAAACGACAUCUGAGCAGAUCAACAAUGAAAUCAGCACCCUCGAUGGCCGCAUCAGAAGAAUCACUCGGCAAAUCGAACAGCCAGCCACGGACACGGACAUCAAGCAGCAGAUGGCGGAGUUCCUGCAGGCCGCCGAAUCGGAGCUGGCUGUGCUGCAGUCGGGCAUGAAGCAGGUGGAGGCCAUGCGACUGAAGCUGGCCGAGUUCUUCUGCGACGAUGUGGCCACAUUUCGACUGGAAGAGUGCUUCAAGAUUUUCCAGAAUUUCUGUGAUAAGUUCCGGCAGGCGGUCAAGGAGAACGAGAGGCGGCAGCAGCAGGAGCAGCAGGCGACACUGCGCAGGAAGCAGCGCGAGGAGCAAUUGGCCAAGAGAGCCAGGCAAAUGGGUCAGGCUGGGACGCCCGUGUCCGAUUCGGAUCACUCCUUUCUGGGCGAUGCUCUGUUUGAUCCGCGCGCCAGCCCAGCGCUAAGCAGACGACACCUGGGCUCCGGGGAGAUCAGCAACGGUUUCAUUCGCCUGGAGCCGGACGGCGCCUCGCCAGACAUCACCCCCAACGGCAGCCUGAGGCGUCGCCGCAGUCGUGUGUUGGCCGAGGAGGAUGAUCUCAUGGAGUUCCUGCGCAGCUCCACGGGACCCCACGACGGCCACAUAAGUCGCGAGCGAAAGGCUGCCGCCUACGGCAGUCUGGAUCGCUCCUGGGCCCGUCGUGCCCGCUCCGGCAGCUCGAGUCGUAGGCGACCCGAUCUGCUCAACAUUGACUUUGGCCUGGACCGCGAGCGGGCCAGUUCACCGGCUCCCCUGCUCCAACAGCAGCAGGACCGACUGCAAUCCCCGUUAGCCAGUGGUACUGUCACGCCCACAACGUCAGCCCAUACGCCCACAGGCAAUGGGCCACCCAUUACGCAGCCACAGGCAGUGCACGAGGAUGCGAAACCGAGAAUAUCCCGUGAAUGGCGCCAGAAGAUCGAAACCUGGCUGCAGUCCAACGAAAGCGAUGAGAAGCAGAACGAGGAGUACAAGCGCAGGCGUCGUCUGGUCAACGCCAAUCGGCGUUCGCUCGAAAACGAUACAGAAAACGAACGAAAACUGGACCCAUUGCCGGAGGAGAAGAUCAUGCCGACAACGACGCCAACGAACAUGCCGAACACUAACCCAACUAACAGACAGGACCCGGAGUCCAAAUACCAGCGCGUCUACUCCGACUGGAAACCAUCGAAAACACUGGAGCAGACGGAUGUGGUGGGCCAUCUACAGGCCAUAGCCGAUGCCAGUAGCACGGCGGAGGCGGCACAGCAAUCCAACACCGCCGAGGGACUGCGUCAGUACCGCCGGCAGCGAUCGCAGGAGCAGAGCCCCGGAGUACUGCAUUCCAUAGCCGAGGAGGAUCGCCGCAAGUCCCUCCUCCAGAAGCUGGGCGACAGCAGACGACCAGCGGGCAUGGACCUGAAGCCGACUGAGGUGGCCGAGAAGGAUGAGGCUGAGCAGCUGGCCCCCAAAUCUCCAAAGCUCAAGCAAGACGACACCUUUGCUAGUCUACUCAAUCACCACAAGAGCCACAACGAGACCCAAUGUGGAGCGGGCUCCUCCAAGGAGGUUGAUGCCGACAACAUCGAGACGCCGCCGGUGAGCCGUCGUGUAAUAGCCACGCCCACGACCACUGUGGUGACGGUGAGCAUGACGGACAAGCCCAAGGCUGUGCCCAAGGCUGUGCCCGAGGAUAAGAUCAGCAUUGUCGUAGGAUCCGCAGAUCACGAUGCACCCGGCCACUUCGAUCGCCAUGCACUAGGACGACGCACGCGCCGCUAUAAGCGACCAACGGACUACAGCAGUGGCAACGAGGAGCCCAAGCCGGAGCUGAAACCAUCCUCGGGUAAGCAGGAGACACAGCAGCCAGAAAAGGCCAAGCAAAAGGAUCGAACGAUUACCAAACUGGAGAAGGUGGGUCGCCACAUUAGUUCCAUCAACCAGGAAGAUGUGCGCGAGGCCAUACGCAACCUGAAGUCACCAACGGGAACCCCCGAACGCCCCUGGAGUCCACCCCGCGAAAUUACGCCCACCAAGCUGAAGAUCUCCGGCAGCGGACACCACGAGCUCAACGACGAGGGCUUCGAGGAGACGCAGAGCCUCGUCUCCGACACGCCCUCCCACGGCAAGGGCGAGAGCACCAACUCCUCGUGCAACGAGGCCAACGAUGCCCCCAGCCGGACACGCCCGCUCCAGAAGCAGAGGCCCACCACCACCAGCAUCACCCAGAUGGGCAGCCGGCUUGCCGAUCGACUGCAGGUGGCACGACUCAGAGGCACCUCCACAUCCGCCUCCAGUGCGUCACAAGCUGCAACCAAGUCACACAACCAAAUUCCGGCCAGUAGUGUUGGCCAGAUCAAGCGCAGUCUCUCCGCCAGUAAACCCAUGCGCAUGCCCAAUGGCAAUCCACUGCCCAGUGCCACGCCCAUUCGCUCAGUAUCCACGGUCCGACGGUCGCCCCAGGAGCAGCAGGUCCUCUCCGGCGUGGAGCGCAGCAGUUCCCGCAACAGUCUGCGGUCCUCGCGGUCCUCCAUCAACAGCGGAGCCUCCACCCAAACCGUGGUGAGACGCCUGCCAGCCGUCCAGCGAGCAGGAGCCACUGUCUCCGUGGACUCGUCACCCAGCAAGCGGCCACUGGCUGCUCAAAACACCCGCCCAACGCCAGCACGCGGAGUGCCAGCCAGCCGUAGCAGCAGCAGUGGCUCCAGUGUAGGACCCAGUGUGAUUCUAGUGCGCAGCAAAGUAAGCGCCACACCCAGAGGCAUGACGGUCUCCAUAAGUCCAUCUCUGGGUGGCAGCACCAGCUUCAAGGAAAACCAAGCGGGGGCUUCCCAUUCCCUUCCCCAGUCCCUAUCGCAGUCUAGGAUUAGUGCUGCCCGCAGCGCAGUGCUCGUGAAGAACGUGUUGAGCCAGCAGGCGGCCAAGACCAAUCCGCAGCAGCGCAGCUCAAGUACCAAUCGCUCUGUGAGCAGCUUCAUGCGUCCCACUGCCAGCAGUGCCACCAAGAGGCAGAAGUGAGGUGGGGUCCGGGUCCGGGUCCAUUGUCAAAGUUUACGUUCCAAACAAACGCCAUGACAAAGAUAAGUUACAAACGCAAUUGCAUCUACUCUAAGCCGUCCAAGCGAACGACAAAAAGCAACAAUCUCGAAUUUUCAGACAGGAUCCAUCCUGUGCACAACACAAACACUCACACACCGACGCUCACACGUUGGACACGACCGAAAAUUGUUACAAUUGCACGUCAGAUAUUUUGAGGGGUGAUUCCCCAGCCCUCAAUGAUUCCCCAACACAUUCCAAAACGUAUUCCAAUAACAAUUGAAAGACCAGUAGACGGAGUAGAUGUAAAAAUACACAUCUUUCGAAUUCUUAAAUAUAUUUGAGCACAAACAAAAAAAAAAUACAAAAUACUAGCAUGUAAAACUACUCAACUAAACCUAAGAUUAAGUAAA